AUGGUCAAUGACAAGAAUGAUGGAAAGCCAAAGAAUGAAGUGGACAAGGACGUCGAUACUUGCACUCAACUGUGUGUAUUUGCAGGAACGGUAGACGGAGUUAUUGUCUUUUGGAGAUUCGAGCAGGACAGUGUAGCACAAGUCAAUAUGCUCGUGUUUCCAGGUGCUGAACGAGGUGGAAAUCCCGUGGUUGGGCUUGUCAGUGGCAUUAACGAGUGGGGACAAAGCACGUUAAUCUCGGCUACAAAAGAUGGAGCGUUGGCGAGCUGGCAGCUUCCUAAUGGAGCUUGUGCUGAAGCCAAUGCUUUACUGGCUCAAGAGUUGGCUCCGCUAUUAGGACUCGAGAUGUUGUGCAAUAGACGGUUUGCAAUUGUUGUAAGUGAGGUCUCGAGGCUCAUGGUGCUUGAUACGUGGAGGAUGCAGCUGCUAUAUUGCAUGGACACAGCGCAGGAGCAGAUUCGACGGAGUAUUGCAGUUGGAGAAUUGCCAAUGUCAAGAACAACGUCACAAAGACCGAUCUUGGUCAGGUCAAGUAGUGGAUCAAACCGAGAGAGUGGGUAUGACGGCGCAAGUGUGGAUCAAGUGACGGAUAGUCCGUCAGGAAGAGGACGGAUAUCUCCGUCUCGAUUGUCUCUUGCAGGUCACACGCUAGACGCAAAACGUAGAAUGAAGUUUAAUCCGUCAAGUGCAGCAGUGGAACAGCAAACUCAAGAAUGGGAUGCAGUGGUGCUUUCAUUGGGUGCUGAGGGACUUGUCAAGUGUUUCUUGUGGCAACAACCCAGAGGACAACCAUCAAAUGGCACGUCGUUUAGUAUAAGUGAAGGUGGUGGAUCUGCGAGUGUUGCGUGGGGAUUUCGGUGGGUUCAACGCAGCAGUUGGGUCAUUUCGUGGGCGGAUCAAGCGGAGGACAUUACGUGCUCGCAAAGUACAUCGUUGAAAGACGGGGACAACAUGAAUCCGCAAACUGCUCUCAUGGGCUCUAUCAACAACAGCUACUUUCCGCUCUCUGUGAAGGUGUCUCCAGAUUCAUUCCUCGUACUUUUCAUUUGGAGAACGAAGUUUGUAAUACUCAAGCGGAAUUGGUUGUGUCCACUCGAAUCCCGCAGUGAUGGCCAAGCAAACAGGGACUCCUUUCGAAAACUCCGAUCAACUACCACAAUUGGAAGCUGUCGCAUUCCUCCGGCAGAGUUUGUACGCCAGGCAGCUUUUACGUAUGGAAAUGAACACCCUACUUUGUGCAAUGCAAGCGGCAAUUGCGAACAUAUCUACUGGGAAAGUGGCGAUUUCUUGGAAGACAGUAACAUCGUACUGUGGACCAACACGGGACAUGUAUUCCAAUUCAUGCCAGCUGAAUUGUCUGCAGAUUCUGGUGGAAAGCUUUUUAUUUUCACGAAAGACCAAGAUCAAUUGGUACCACGAUCGGACUCAAAGGAGCUAUUUGUUAUUGACAAGGCCGUGUAUAUUACGUCGAUGGAUCGCUGUAAAUGCUGCAAUCUCAUUGUGCAGAAAAAUGAAUGCUUACACACACAAUCAAGAAAGUCAAUGGCUUUACUACCAGCACAACGACAGGAUCCAGGAUACACAUUGUGUAUGAAGACUGGUUCUUCAUUCUCAGAAUCGACACUGCAAAUUGUCCACAUGUGCCAUCGCGGAAUAUUAGGACACUGGACAAUGCCAGCAGUACGAGUGUCAUCACCAACGCGUAUAUUUCAGAACAAGAGCAACAUCAUCGCAUCACGAGUACCGCUGGCUGAACGAGUACGCUUUCACUCACUCACUGAUGGGUUUGAAGCAGCAGAAGUAGCUGCUCGAGGUGAAAACAUCGAUAAGGAAACGCGUUAUGCAUCUCAACAUCGAUGCUGCUUGACGCACUUUAUUCUUGGAAGGGAAGAGACGCAGUCAACCUCGACAUUUAAGGAAGUAUGUCGAGCUGAGAUGCGAAGCAAACGGCGGCAAGACCUUAACUAUGCAUUGAAAGAUCCAACAGGAAGCAGGGUGCCAGUCACAAACACUACGGCAGCAGCUAUAGCCAGCAGUAUGCUAGCCACUGCUUUGACAGGACGAGAAGGACCCCAAGGUGUUGUAAAUGAACUCGGACAGCCCGAAGCCGAUGGGAGGGAACAAAAGGAAUAUGAGCACUUAGAGUAUCGGUAUUUGCUGGACAUUCCUAUUAUUGCCAAGGGAUUCGCAGAUGGAAUGCUUUACAUCGAGUUGCUGAGCCAGGAGCACUUGUCAAGUAGAGCUGAAGAGUCCUCAAUGAAUACAGCAACACGACUAUCAUGUCAUUCUGGACGAGUGACGGCACUGGCGCAUUGCGGCUGGGAAGUUAGAACCACUUCAACAGCUUCAUCUAGGGGUUCUUCUCCUACUAGUGCAAAUGAGACGCAUUUCGCAACGGAGAAAAACCCUUUCUACCGGUCACGCUUUCGUGAUUCUUCGUUGAAAUGGAACAUCAGAAACUGGCAAACCAGUAGGAACAGUGGCAAUCACACGUGUCGAAGGUCACUGACGACAAAAAAUUGGGACGGCUCAGAAUCAAACAAUGGGCCACCUCCCGACAGUCCAAGCAACCAGCCUUUGAUCACAUUUAUGCUAUUCAGUGGAGGUGCAGACGGUGUCCUGCUCGUAAUCGAGCUAACCUUGUACCAUUCGGCUAACGGCUUCGUUCGGCAACAAGCAAAUAUUCUGCAAAAGUUUCGGAAUCAUCGCGGUGCGAUCCAGCAGAUCAGUAUAUCACCACUCAAGAAAGGCGAUGGGGAAGACUGGGGUGCCAAAUACCCGGAUAGAUUGGUUGCAACGGUGGGAGCAGAUCGCAAAGUUGUCAUUUAUGCUCCUCAGUACAUUCGACACUCUUCAUUACGCCAGUCACGUGGUCACAAGUCGCCGACGGAAUGCACUGACGGUUGUUAUAGUGCUGAGUGGCAAUGCGUACUAGAGCUGUCGGAGCAUGCCGACUCAAUUUGCAGCCUCGCCUGGCAUCUAGAACGUGGUUUGCUCUAUGUCGAAUGCAAUGAUCGGAUGGUGUACGUUUGGAGCACUGACACUGGCAUUCUAGAGCGUAAAGUUCCGUAUGCGCUAGUUUACGGUGGUGGCAAUGCGUCAGAUGAAAGCUUUGCUGACGGAACAAAUGGUGUUGCUGGCUUCGUUGCUAUCAAUCGCACCUUACUUAUUGGCAAUGCAGCCGUGCAGCUCCUUGAGUUUGGCGUUCUUCGAAGCGCAGAGCAGCUCAAAAAGAACUGGACAAGUUAUUACGCUUCACUAUCCCCGAGCAAUGGCACAUCUGUCAACUUACGUGAGACCGGCCUUCAGUCUACACAAGCUUCCAUGUAUGCAACAGGCUCUAUGGAGCUAUUUAUGCUCUCGCUCCUGCUGUCAUGGGGUGUCGCUCCUGCCAUUGAUCAGUCGUGCCGUACCAUAUUAGGAAUCGAACCAGCACACGCACUCUACUCGUGCGCACUGCAAGACUUCACUUCGGGAGCGCUGACAAUACCUGUGCCAUGGUCAACCCCAAAAGUCUCAGCGUUGGCUGUAGCUGACCCUUCAUUAGCUUUUGAGAGUGAGCUUAACAGGGAGAUGAUGCCUGUUGUACCUGCUUUCGCACGAAACUGGCAGCACUCAUCGGCCUUGUCAGCUAGCAUAGCACUGGGUGUUUUAUCGCUUUGUAUGAGCUGCAUGGAAUUUAAGCAUCCCAAGUCUGGCAACGGUGGCAUGUCGCCCACUAACAAGGAAGAAUUUCAAGUUUUGUGGAGUCAACUAAUCACACAGCACUCGGUUGUGCUACCAGAGUGUGUAGCUCAAUUCCGCGAACCAGCUCUCGAGGAGCUUGCUGCCUUUGGGUUCGACUCCUGUGAGUACACACAAUUAGCAGCACGUACGUUAUUAAGUGGCGUGAUCAAGCGCCUUCCUGCGGCAGAACGAAUCAUACUUUCAGCAGAGUAUUCGGCAAAACUUCAUUGGGAAAUGGUCCGUUUGGAGACAGAGAUAGGAAAACCUUUCCUAAAGACAAUUGGUACGGUUGGAACCAGUAGCGGCACAAAUUCGAGCUCUCAGCCAAGUGGCAACGGUGUUAGUGCGAGCUCCGACUUAGGAGCGAAGGCGUUUUCGUUAGUGGUUGAACGUCUGGGCUCGCUCGUGCUCCUCACGAGUACGAUCGGCACGUAUUUCCCAGGCGAGAUUUCACCGGCUGCUGCGCGUGAAGUGUGCGACAUAUUAGUGUUUCUUUUAAAAGCACCGGAGCGGUUCGUGGCGUCGGUGUCAGCUGAGCUGCUUACGAAAGGACUUAUGUUGUUCAGACCACAUCUUGUCGACUUGUCUUCACUAAUUGUCCAGCUAUUGGUGAUUGAUAUGCGUGAGAAACAACGUCGCGCCAAGAGCAAAGAUAGUGAAGAGGUAUUUUCUGGACCAGGAGGAUCGCUUGCCAACUUUCACGAUGGUGGAAGUGGCGGAAGUAACGCAGCAAUGAGCUUGUUGGUCGAGGUCGGUGCUUACGAAUCGGCUUUUGUGCUUGGACUGCUGCAACAAGAAAUGCACAAUCAUCGACCAUCCGGUUUUCACACGAGUAUCCUGUUGUACAUGAUGGAGCUUGUCAAGACCCACUACCUGCUCAUGUGUCGACAUCUGCCAGUAUUCGUCGAUACGAUUAUGGUGUGCCUGGACCCAACAAAACCCGACCGUCGUCGCCAUUGUUUGUCACUAAGUACUCGGUGUCUGCACAGCCUUGUGCAACGGUUUCCAAUGGUGGAUUUCCACAAGGACACGCAGCGCUUGGCACUAGGAACGAUGGAGGCUGUAAUUGUUAUAUACGAUCUACGCACAGCCACAAAGUGGCGGGUUUUGAAUGGUCACGCAUCAGCUGUCUCGGCUGUCCGCUUUCGAUCCGAUGGACAAGUUUUAGUGUCGUACGCUGCUCGAGAGAGCAGUGUUCGGUGGUGGAAUAGCGGCAAUGCAGGUCUGUUUGGUGGUAUGCUUCAAAUGCAUCAGUCUUCCUGUCUCAAGGAACACAAACUCACUGCGUUAAAAGAGACUUCAAUGGGUCGUGCCUCAUCAGUGUCAAUAAGUGGAGCAAGUCCUGGCCUGAAACAAAUGAUUCAAACCUGUCGCUUCCAGUUUCUUCCACGAGGAAUAAACAGCUCGAAUGAUGAUCAAAGCAGGAAUUCCGAGCCAUCCAAAUGCAUUUUACGGCUCAUACGAGAAGAUGCCAGUCAAGUGCAGUUCCUGCUAUGA